UAGUGUUGGUCAAUGCACGGCACGUCACCAGAGCCAAGGAAUAUCAAUUGUUUUUAUUAAAACAAAACAAACACAAUUCGCUGGAGUCAUGGACAAGGACACAUUCACUCUGCAGUCCAUCCGGCAGGACCUAAUCGACAACAACCUGCAGGCCAAGGCGAUCAUACAGGACAUCCUGAACAGCCGCACAUCCAUCGCCGAACUGGAGGAGCUGAACGAAGCGGGACGCUCCAAGCUGUCGGCCAUCAGAAGGAGCAUCGAGCGCCUGGACGACUGGGCUCGAGACACUGGGGACGCGGCGCUGGCCAAGGAAGUGGACAACCACCGCGACCAAUUUUCCAAGACGCUGCAGGCCUUCCGGAAGGCCAACGUGUCCACGAUGCUGGAGAUCGAGAAGGCCAACCGGGAGGAGCUGAUGGCCAUUACCGGCGAGAGCGAGCUGCGCCAGCGUUCGACGGCACGGGCGCGCCACAACCAGGGCAGCCUGGUCUCCCAGGAGAACGACGUGACCGAGAAGAUGCUGGCCAUAUCGCGGCACCUCUCGGAGACCACCCAGAAGAGUGCCGUCACCCUGGAGACGCUGGUGGCGUCGUCCCAGAAUGUGGAGGCCACCAGCGACGAGUUGCAGAACACGGCCGGCAGCAUAACCAUGUCCGGCAAGCUGCUCAAGAAGUACGGACGACGCGAGUGCACCGACAAGAUGCUGCUAUUCUUCGCCUUCUGCCUGUUUCUUGCAUGUGUCUUUUACAUUGUCCAGAAGCGGCUUUUCUAGAGCCCGUGAAUGGACCCAAUUUUCCUGCCUAGCUUAAGAUCUUCGCUUUUGUUGUCUAGAAUUUAGCUAUUUUAAGCCUAGCACAUGACCAUAACUUGUAAGCACCGCUUCUAUUUAAAAUGUUUAGUGAAUUAUCCAAGUUGGUUGGCAUAUACAAGUGUUUUUGAUUGUAUAAAAUACAGUGCGAGUUAGUGAGUACACUUGGGCAGACCAGGUUAUAUUUAA